AUGUAUACUACAAUAACUUUUUACAAAAAUGAUGUUGGCGGACUUGGAGUUCUGGCUGAGAACAUACAUUUAUUACGAGCAGAACGAUUAAUACAGAGAACAUCCAUCUCCAAGUACGUCCGCAGAGACAUGAUGGGGAUGACCGUAGCUGGCACUACAACAAUACGGCAAAGGCAAGGGCCAUCAAGUUCUAGAAGAAAAGGCACCGCAACACAGAGCGGAACACGAGUAUUUCCAGAUAAACGAAUUAAGUAUAAUCAACAUAGUUGGCGAUGGCGACCAGCCGAAAAACAAGCCCAUAAUUUUAAUUGUUUUCCAGGCCUGAAUCAUGUGUUCCACCAUCACAACAACCCAGAGCUUGAAUGAGUGAUGAGCCGUACUUUAAUUUAUUUAUUGGACGGAGUGACUACAUUUUAGUACAAUUUUAUAGUUGUUUCCGAAAAGAACGAAAUGCAAAUGAUCAGAAGCUCUGAAUAUUUAAGCUUGAUAUUAAGAAACGUGUUUAGCAGAGCAUACGCGCUCUCUUGGUGUUCCGGCUCGUCGAGGGGCUUAGGGUUAUUUGAAGGAAAUCGAAUCAUUUUUGUUCCUAAACUUUCGUUACACUUGUUGUUGCAGUUCAGGUUCACUCUCCUCUUCAGCAAGGCACCUGUCCGGGGAAGAACCAAGCCAAGGACUACUUAUUUCGUUUGCAUGAUCAUGAUGUCUUUCAUUGAAAUAGAAGGUGACCC